CGCGCUUUGCGCUCCGCACCGCUCUUCACGCUCUUACUCAUGCAUACACUCAAGCUUGGAUGUUGCGACUCGCGGCCCGUCGUGCACUCUCUUCACUGCCACAUGCGCCCAUAAUACGCCAACGACAUACGUCUACAGUUGCUGCAGCCCGCGUGCUACCGACGUCGACGCUGCCAGGCAGAUACCCUACCCGAGGUGGCCAGAACCUGACUGACCGUUUCCGGAGACUAGAGAAGUCCGCGCGGGGCAAAGGGACGUAUCAAAGCGACAUAGCGGAGCUUUCCAGGGAAAUCCAAGAUAAUGGUCCGAAGGCCGGGCUUCGCGUGCGACCCGCGAAAAGAGAAGUGAAGACGUUUAUGGGCUUCACUAUACCGGGGGAACCUAAACCUCCAGAACCAGAUGAAUGCUGCAUGUCGGGAUGCGCCUUCUGCGUGCAAGACCUCUAUAUGGAGGCUCUGGACGAAUACAAGAAAGCCGUAGACUCUGUCCGCUUUUCCCUUCGCACACUUCACAUACCUGAAGAGCGCUGGCCAUCAGAGAUACAGACCUCUGCAGCAAAGAAGUUGGAGCCGAAGAAGAACCCAGUAUACGACGCGUUCGCUGAACUGGAGAGAAAGCUGCAGGAGAAACACCGGGCUGAAUCCCACGACGGGGGUUAGUUGGGCUCGGAGAGUGCCUCACUUGCUCUGCUCUAACCCUGUAUGCUGCCACAGCUCUGCCUAAGCCCCUCACGGAAGAUAGGACGCGGAGACAGAAAGAGAAGUUGCCAGACGCGGCUUUGCUUUAUGAGGGCCUUCGAUGGGUGCUGUUUAGCAAUCGUUGAUGCGGCGGGUAGAAGAUAUAGACGUGAGUAGUCUAAUUGAGAAAUAUCAUUUUGUGAUAUCGAUGUGUAUCAUGACUGCCCGUGGCUCGUCUCCCGCUCCCUUUCUUCCUCCGGAUGAUGGUCAAUCUACGCUCUUCUUCGCUCGUGUAUACGCCAAGUUUCACCGCUUCUUGCAAUAUCUUCGCCUGUGUUUGCUUCUCUUUAUCUCCCUCGACUCGUUGCUGCGACCGUUGCCCUCUAUUCCACCUUUCCUCGGCGACCUCUCGAUCUUUAUCGCGCCAGCCCUUCCACUCUCCUCCGCCCUUCACCCAUUCGCUCGCACGUUUCCAAGCCCUCAAACUCUUCUGAGGCGGAGCUUUGAAGAUCGUGCUUACUCUGUGCCCCGCCUUGCCACAGCUCGGGCAACGAGCUUCGAAUUUCUUCCACCAUGCCUCUGGUGUAA